AUGAUCUCGGCUUUUGCUAUACUCCUUCGAGGCCUUUCGUCCGUCGGCAUCUACAUCCUUGACGGCGACCUGCAUCCAGAUGCGUCUCACGAGCCGUAUCUUCUGCAGUUACCUGCUGAAGAAGCCGGCCACAAUACCAUCUCGCAAGAGCUAUUUACCGAGCCCAAGGUCUCCUUAAUCUCCGAGGCUGUUUCCGAUUUGGAAGACUACACGAUCGUGUGUUCCGACGGCCACGAUUCGCACGCAGGUCCGAUGAGCUACAGCUGUGUAUUUGACACACUCGAUGGAGGUGCUGAGGGUAACAGAGAAGGUAUUAGCGAGCUGCUCAGGCGUUUCGUAACGGAACAGAAAUUGCCCAACCACAAGUGA